AUGCUCAAGGCCGCGACUUUCGGUGUCCUCGCCUUCUCUUUCUCGGGAGUGCUCGCAUUUCCUGGAGCACACUCUUCGCACGGCCAUGGGCCAGAUGUUAUCUACCGCGAUGUGGCAGUCAUUGGCGGUGGCUCUGCGGGCACAUAUGCGGCAGUGAGGCUCAAUGAUAUAAAUGUUAGCGUGGUUGUAAUUGAGAAGGAUGUGGUGCUGGGAGGGCACGCGGACACCUACGUGGACAAGACAACCGGCACCAAGCUCAAUAUGGGCGUGGCAGAUUUCCACAAAAUCUCAGUGGUUCUGAGCUAUGCCGCUCGCCUUGGGGUGCCUAUGUCGAGCCCUGGCGCGUACGAUUACUCCACGCUCUACUACGACUUCGACACGGGCAAAACUGUGCCCUCUUUCGUUCCCCCAACCGAUGCUGAAGUCGGCGCUGCCUUUGCAACCUAUGCCAACAUUCUCGCAACCAAUUACUCAUACCUGCAAGCCGGCUACUUUCUCCCAGAUCCUGUGCCAGCCGAGCUUCUGGAGCCUUUUGGCGACUUCGUCAACAAGUACGGCAUCGGAGCUAUCAUGCAGCUUAUUAACCAAAUCGUUCAGAACGACGGCGAUAUCUGGACAAUGCCGACCGUACAGCUCCUAAAAGCCGUCGAUCUAUCCCUCGUGCAAUCAGCGCUACAAGGAUUUCUUGUCGUGGCCAGCGGCAACACCCAAGACCUCUACACCAGCGCCGCCUCCGUCCUGGGCCAAGACGUGCUCUACAGCUCCCAAGCCAUCAAAAUGGAUCGCCAUGGCCGCGACGGAGUCACUCUCACCGUGCAAACCGCCAACGGCAUCCAAGCCAUUCCAGCCAAACGCCUCGUCGUCGCCAUCCCACCUACCCUCGACGUCUUGUCCGCGUUCGAUCUCACCGACAAGGAGCGGUCGACAUUCAGCAAAUUCCAAUCUCGCGGCUACUACGCUUCGGUCGUGCAACACUCCGGGAUCGAUCCCACCGAAUUCUACACCAACAUCGGCACUAACACGCCCUUCCACCUGCAGAAUUUGCCCGGUAUCUUCACGAUCCAGCCGACGGGUCUGGAGCAUCAGUAUGCGAUCUACGCGGGUACCUUGUCGCCCGUUUCAAAUGCAAGCGCUCAAGAUGUAAUCGUGAGCCAGAUCGAGACGCUGCAGAACGCCGGUGUCUUUCCGGCCGAUACACCGGAGUUUCUGUACUUUAGCAAUCACUGCCCCUUCCGUUUCGGGGUUCUACGGGGAUUUGUACGGAUUGCAAGGGACGAGUAA